ACUUAGCGCCGUGACCUUGAAAAUCCGCGAGAGCUUCUGAUUGGCUCGUCCAUAUAGUUUAGUCUCGUCCGGUUUUUAACCAUUUCAUUCGAGGUUUCUAACCAGUGGUUUGUUUUUUAUCAAAUUUCUGUCCUAAACGAUACCUAACACCAUCAACUUACUUACUGAACAUAAACAUUUACAAUAUGUACACUUUAGUGCGUAUUUGAUGCCUAAUCUUUUAGCCGGAAUACAAUGAAAUCUAGAUGAGUCGAAAAACUGAUCAAAGGCCAUAUCCAAGACAUUGAGAGCGACGUACUUCGCUUUUUACAGGUCAGCUAAUCAAAUGGACGACCUCAAAUCGUUGCUUGAUGCAGAACAGGAGAAAGUGAUCAAGUUGAAAGCUCUUGUGGUAAAAGAGAGAAAAGUUAACACAAAAAUUAAAUCAGAAUUGGAAUAUCUGAAGUCACUCCAUAGCAAGACUCAUCAAGAAAGUAGUGGAACCGUCGAAAAAUUUGAUAAAUCGUGUUGUACUUCUGAUUUUUUAAAUGAAUCUAUUUGUAUGAAUGAAGCAGAAACGUUGAAGCUUGGAAGUACAUCAUUAGAAAACGCCGCAGAUAAUGAACAUAAAAGAAAUUUCUGUGUAUCAACUGACAAUAUUGGUGAUAAGACGACGAAAAUUCCUGUUUGUACAAUUUCAGCCUCUUCUUCUUGUGAAACAUUCACUAAGGAUUCAUUGCAGAAUUCUGAAAAACAUCUACAUGUAUCUUGUUUAAAUGAAAUAACUAUAGUUCCUGUUAACUAUCUAUGCGCUGAAACACAAGUAGACAACUUAAAUAAUUUUGAUGGAAAGGAUUCACCAUUGUUCCAACAGUUUAACACUGCAUUACAGUCAUUAAAGCUCUACAAUAGAAACAAUCUAUCAAAAGAUGAAUUAAAAUUAGUAUUUUCUGAGUGUAACAGAUUAUUAGAAGAGAUCAAUCCCUGUUCAACUGAUAAUUAUCAUAUACCUUUUAAUCAUUCUUCAUUAAAAAGUGAAAUCCUAAAGCAAGAAAAUUAUUGUCAAACUCUAUCAACAGAUUUAGAUCAAUAUUUUCACACAUUAAAAACAUCUUCUAUUAAACAAAAAGAAGAACAUGAUUCUUGUCAUAAUAAAUUUUCAAAUGAAUUCAAACAUGUUUAUUCAAAUGAAGUUUGUAAUGAAGAAUUACAUAUUUUAGAAGAAAGAGUAAAUGAAUUAAAACAUAGUGUUGAAUAUGCUGAAUUUUCAUUUAAUCAAUUAUCAAAUAAACUUAAAUCAGUUACUCAUAUCAAUGAAAUGUAUAAUGCUAAAUUAUUACAAUUACAAGCAAAAUGUAAUAAUAAUUCAUUAGAUAUGAUACAUUCAUUAUCAUAUGUUAAGUGGAAAAGUUUAUUUUAUGAUUCUUUUUUAUUACCAUUGAUUAAAUACUAUGAAGAAGUAAACAAUAAUAAACAAUGUAAUUUGUGUAUAGAUUAUUUUACUUGGGAUAAUUUUCAAAAUGAUAAAGUUGCGAAGAGUUUAAACGAUUUCCUUGAUGAAUUAAAACAAAUUUUAAAUUAUUAUUACACAUUCAAUAAUAAGUGUAUUACAUCUUCCGAUGUAUGCAUUCUAACUGAUUAUAAUGAAAUAAAUAUUGAACAAGAGAAACUGUUGUCAGAUAAAUUAAAAAAUAAAGAAUCGGAAUUAAUUAGUGCAAAUGAAAAGAUUUUAAUCUUUGAGAAUUUAAUUCCAGAUUUAAAAAGUCAAUUACAAAAUUCUGAAGAAAAACUACAUCGUAUGAAAAAUCUUUUAGUUAAAACUAAAUUAGAUGCAACUGAACAACAGAAGAAAUUUUUAGAAUUUCAAAAAAGUCAAUCUGUAAAUGUUGAAAAUAAUCAAGAAUUGAAUCGUCUAACUGAAAAAUUAUCUAAUAUUGAAAAGGAAAAAGAAAAUUUGGUGAGUAACCUGACACAUUUGCGUAGUGAAUUAACUCAACAACAUGUCUUAUGUGAAAAUCUUCAAAAUGAUAAAUGUUUAGCAUUGGAUCGACUUCAAAAGUUGCAAAACGAAUAUAAUGCAUACAAAGUCAAGGCUCAGCAUGCUCUAAGCAACGUACGCACUCUAACCAAUGAGGCGAACACAACAAAUACUAAUGAUAGUCCUAAUUCUGAAGGGGUGAGUACUAACCACUCUGAUAUUGAGAGCAGAUCAUUUUAUUAUUCAAAUGAAUUAGAAUCAAUGAAACACAAUCUUUUUGACGUACAAAAUCGUAUGAAAGAAGCUGAAUUGCAUGCGUCCUUAGCACAAUCAGAAUGUGAUUUUUUAAAGAAAGAAUUGAUCGAAGUUAAAACAAGACACACUGAACUGUUAUGCCAAUCUCAAAAACAAAAGCAAUCCUUAGAGGAUCAACUACUGUCAAUAACUCAACAAUGUGAAAAUCGUCUUUCUACUGAACUUAAAGAACUAGAACAAAAGUAUACUAGUCAAUUACGUCUUUAUGAAGAACGACUUAUGUUGCAAACUCAAAAAUAUGAAAGUGAAUUACGUCAAGAAAAAGAAUUAUGGGAGACAAAGUUAGCCCGUAUCAUUCAUACAAACCAUUCGUCCAUUCAAAACUCGCAUGGAUACGAAAAGGUCCAUGGUCAUAGACGGAAUUUCUCAAUACCUGAUAAUUUGAAUCCCUUAAGUGCAAACUCACACCAUAAAAGAGUUCAAGGAGAUGGAGCCGAUAAUCCUAUGAUUUCCUCCACGGAAUCUGAUACGGAAUCAGAUCAUGCAGUUAGGAAUUGCUCUCUAAGUCACAGUGGCAGUGAGCAUUAUUCAUUGGCAGAUGAAGAAAACUCUAAGAAGUCUGUACAUCAAAUCACUAUACCUACUUUGGAACAGCUUCUUAAUCAUCCCAAUCAAUAUUCACCAUAUGGAAAUAUGUCAUCUCAGCAUUCUGUUAAAUCAUUUCAAGAAGUUCGUAAUGUUCAACCUAAUCAAUUAGCUGGUGUACAGUCUGCUUUAACUAAUCAACAACGUCGAGUUGAAUAUCUUUCUGAAUUGUUGAGUGAAAGUGAAACAAAUGUAACUCGUUUAUUUGAGCAAAACAAACUGUUGAAAGAAGAAAUUCGACGUCUUGAAAAUAACUCCAAUCCUAAUUUAAAAGUGCAAUGUACAGCAAAUCAAGAUAUCUUAGAAUCAAACAACUCUCUUCAUAGUAACACUAGUGUACUUGUUGAACAUUUAAAAGACCUCUUACUGAAAGUUAUAACACUACCCAAACAAUCUUCAGAACGUAAUCAUCUCAUGCGUGCGUUGGCUACGUUUCUUUCUUUAAAAUCAAACGAGUUUAAAUUAUUAGAAGACGGUUUAAAUCACAGUGUUACUUGUUCCAUAUCUAAUCAACAACAAAAUCUCUCUUCCGAUUGGAGUAGUUAUAUCUCUGCAGUUUGGCGUCGUCCGUAAAGAACAAUAUUAAAGAAAGAAAGCGUGCAGUAUUACUUUCAGAACAACUUUCUGUGAUAAAUAUGUAUUCCUAGUGGCAUAUUUUUAAUUUGUCGGUUGUGUAAUGUCCCCCCCCCCUCAAAUUAACUUCUUCCAAUUUUUCAUCUAUUGAUUUUGUAAUCGUGAUCAUUAUAGCGUUCUUGUUGUCCUAUCACAUCACUUUGAGUAACUCCGUUUGGUUAUUUUUUUAAAAUUAAAAGCAGUUAGUGUGAUACAUUCUCUAUUUAUCUAAACUAUUUUUCAUAUGUAUGUAUUAUUAUCUCACUGCUUUGAGAGAUAAGAAGUUUUUUCUUCACUUUCACUCUUAAAAAUGGGUCUUUUCGAUAGUUGUGGAGCAUAAAUUCCUUAACGAAAAUAUAAUUGCAAUAUGUUACAAGAAAUAUAUCUUACUUUACAUUCGGCACUUAAUUUCUAGGAUGACUGACAAAGUAUACUUUCGCAAUGUCGCUUCAUAACACAAUCUUAAACGUAGCAAGUGUUCCCCCUUACACUCUCCGCUUGUGGUAAUUAACUUUUUACUCUUAUACAACUGAAGUUAGAGUACGAUGUUUUGCGCUAAUGAAUUGUAGUCCGGAUAAGUUCUACUAACAAAUAAAUGGUCUUCUCAAUAAAGUGCUUCUGGUCAAUAUUUUCGAAGUGCUAACUGGAGACUUAAAUUUGCAGAUCGGGCGCCUAACUACGGGAGAGUAGCAUGGGCGGUCAACGAGUGCGCGAUGUUAGCAGGUCAGAUAACGGUGACCCUCUCCUGCAACUCUGAUCGGGCUGGUCUGUUCCCGACCAGGACCAUGUCCUAGUGCAGUCACCAAAAUUUGUGCUGUCUAGCGUCCUUUCAGUAACUCAAAUCGGAAUUCAGAACAAUCUCACCAGGAUCACCUGCCCCUGAGGUGGUUGUGUACGAGACCGCCGAUCUUUUUGAAAUAACUAUCUGGGACCGGAUCAUGGCCCAGUUUACACCAAGCUUAACCUGGGCUUUAGUGCCCAUCAAACGUCUAGUCUUGAACUGAUUGAUACCAGCGAAUUGACUGUAACUUGUGUUACAACCAGAUAUCAAUGUAAGGUUCAAGACUAGCAGUCAGUUCACCGAGAAGUAUAUGUGAGAAUUGUGCGUCUUCAUAACUCCAAGUCGCUUGCGGCUCAGCAAACUCCCGCUUAUAAGCACUAGGUUUCUGCAAGUUCACCCGUCCACUCCGACGAUGACACAGGUUUUUACUAACUUUAUGAAGUUAGCGAAGUGCCGAGAAACGUGGUAGUCUAAGUGUGCAAACGACUUGGAAGCAGUAACUGCAUUUGGUUACUGUACGGAGUUGCUUGAGCUCACUCGAACAUUCGGUAACAAGAUUGACGUGUGAAACAAUUUGUGAAGUUUGUGGAACGCCACUUACUAAUAUUCAACGUCUUGGGUGACGGGGAGUGUUCUCAAGAAACAGUUCAACUGGUCUUUUGCGCCUACGAGAAACACCGAUUAGAUUGUCCUUCCUAAUUGAUGAAUACUGAUCCACUUAAUAGGUCGAAAAUCAGUCAGGAACCUCAACUGCUGAAGCCCCGUGAGUUAUCAGGUCCAUGCAAUCUAAUUCCGGCUAUUUUUAAGGAUAGUAACAAACUUAUAAUCAGGUAGCUGAUUGGAUUGUUUGAAAAUAUUUAGGAAUCGGAGUAUUCUGAUCGCCUUGAGUAUAGUAAUAUAGAAUCUGUGAAAGUUAAUGGUCCUAAUUUGCGUUAUCACUGGAAAAACAUGCGAAUUCGGCGUGGUAAAUUUGAAAAUAUCAUCUCCAGUAAUCCAGGGUUAUAGGAAUAGGUCCCAUUGAUUCAGCUGGAAAGACGGCACAAAGACUAACAUUCUUAUUCAAGAAAAUACAUCAGUCACUUUUACGCAUAUUAACUGUCAGCUAUGUGCUUAAUUAUGCAGGUAAACUCUGUUCUUCGAAGGGCAGUUCAACUGGUCUGCUGCUCCGGCAACAUCAACCAGCUUGUCCUGCCCCCCAUGGCCGGUGACGAAUGAUCCACCAAACGAGGCGGAAGUCCGCAAGGAACUCCAACUCUUGAAACGUUACAAAUCACCGGGCCCAGAUGACUUACCUCCGGCUCUUUUUAAAGAUGGUGGUGACUUUCUGGCUAAGGAACUGACGGUGUUGUUUGGGAACAAGAAAGUGUUCCAACAUCAUGGAAUGAGUCAAUAGUCGUCCCUGUCUUUAAAAAGGGUUCACGUUGUUCCUGUAGCAACUAUCGGGGGAUAAGUCUACUUUCGAUUGCGUCCAAACUAUUGGCUUCUAUCAUUCUUCGUAGGUUGUUUAAAACCCGAGAACGAUUGACUCGCGAGGAGCAGGCUGGUUUUCGUUCUGGUCGAGGAUGCAUUGAUCACAUCUUCACCCUCCGCCAAAUGUUAGAACACCGUCAUACUUAUCGCAGGCCAACAAUCGUAGUGUUUCUUGAUAUCAGGGCGGCCUUCGAUUCGUUGGACAGGACUGUUCUCUGGGAUUGUCUAUUGAAGAAGGGUGUGCCUGAGAAGUUUAUUAACAACUUAAAGGCCCUGUAUACGAACACCUCAGGCAGAGUGAGGGCAUAUAACCACCUUUCUCCCUUGUUUCAUUCGACCAGUGGGGUUAGGCAGGGUUGCCCGAUCUCCCCAUUCCUCUUCAACUUUGCCAUCGAUGACAUUCUGGAAACAGCUCUGAUGGAUGUAAGUAAUGGCGGUGUGGAUAUGUUGCCUGGAGAACGACUUUUCGACCUUGAGUAUGCGGAUGAUAUUAUCUUACUGUGCGAUAAUGCCCAAGGCAUGCAAUCAGCACUUAAUCAGUUGGCAAUCAGUGUCCGCAGGUACGGCAUGUGCUUUGCACCCUCCAAGUGCAAAGUACUCCUACAAGACUGGCAGGAUUCCCAUCCUGCACUCACCCUGGAUGGUGAGCAGAUUGAAGUAGUUGAGAAGUUCGUGUAUCUAGGCAGCUAUAUAAGUGCUGGUGGUGGCGUGAGUGAUGAGAUUGAUGCACGUAUAAGGAAAGCCAGAGCGGCUUAUGUUAAUCUGGGCCAUCUUUGGCGCCUUCGUGAUGUUAGUCUGGCUGUAAAAGGUCGGAUCUACAACGCGUCGGUGAGAGCAGUUUUGCUCUAUGCUUGUGAAACCUGGCCUCUCCGAGUUGAGGAUGUUAGACUCUCUGUGUUCGAUCAUCGUUGUCUCCGAAGGAUUGCUGACAUCCAGUGGCAACACCAUGUUAGUAAUGCAGAGGUUCGGCAUCGCGUGUUCGGGCGCAGCGACGAUGAUUCGAUUGGUGUCACCAUCUUGAAACGCCGACUUCGGUGGCUUGGACAUAUUUUACGAAUGUCGUCCCAGAGACUUCCACGUCGUGCAUUAUUUGCCGACCCUGGGACUGGUUGGAGAAAGCGGAGAGGAGGUCAGUGUAUGACAUGGUGUCGUGGCAUGAAAGAGAGCUGCAAAGGGCUAGCUUUUGUUGGUCCUUCAUGACUCCCUGGUUGGGGUCCGAGAGAUAGUGCAACACAGUGGCUAGAGACGUUAUCAGAUAUGGCUCAGAAUAGAAGCCAGUGGCGAUCCUACUGCAACCUUCUUUUACUUUCUGCAUAAAGAGUGGUUCUAACUUUCUUAACUGAAAGAGUCUUCUGGUUGUACAUUUCAGUCCGCCUUAUCUUUUCAUCCCUUCUCUUCCUACUUUCAUUAUUUUGUGUGGCGCAUAUGUACCUGGUGCCCUUUUGUACCAAUAUAUAUGUGUUUAAAUAAAUAAUAAAACUCUGUUCCACUUGUGUGUUGCCUGAUUUCGUUUGACUACUAGGUAAAAAUUACUAUAAUCUCCGCACGACUGUUACUCAUUUGUCGCAUUUUUCACUACUGAUCAAUGUCUAUUCUGCUUUCUUUUCGAAAUGACUAUAAUAAUUUGCUAACCAUGUAUCAUUUUUACUAAAGCUUUACACAGAUUAGCUCAACGAUAAUACAAGAAGUGCUCGAAUAAACUCUUGUAAGAAAAUGCAAAUGCUUUCUGUGGACGAAGAUGAAAUUAUUUGUAAUUUAUCAACUACUUAAUAUUCUGUGCACAAGAUUAUUUAAAUUUCUAUCGAUUCCAUAUCCAUUCUUUUCAAACAAAUGAAUAAACAAAACCUUUAUAUGAUAAAAGAAAAUAUUUUUAAGAAUUUUUUUG